AUGAAUUCAAGAUUUUUAUGAUUUCUUCUCUUCAUUUUAGUGAAUAAAUCAGACAGAACCUGAGAGAUGUUUCCCCUCAGAAACACAGAAAAACAUGAAUCUCUGCUCGUAUAAACUUUGACCUUAUUCACACUGGUGUCUGUUUUUCUGUUGCAGUCGUACGCAGUUCAGAGCCACUACGGCAUUCCACACUCAGAGCUGGCGAAGCUCCACCAGUUGUCGAUGCAGCAGCAGGGCCUCGCUCCCAUCAGCCAGUCAGCUACACAAGUCCUGCCUGGAGCGGUGGAGGCCAAUUCUCAAACCACGUCUCAGGAGCUCCUCAUUCCAAACGACCUGAUUGGCUCCAUCAUCGGUCGCCAGGGCACCAAGAUAAACGAGAUCCGGCAGGUGUCUGGAGCUCAGAUCAAGAUCGGCAGUCAGAUCGACAGCACCAGUGAUCGUCACGUCACCAUCACCGGCACACCGAUCGCCAUCAACCUGGCUCAGUACCUGAUCACCUCGUGUUUAGAGACCGCCAAAUCCACCGCCCAGUCCUCCUCCAUGCCGUCUCCCGUUGACCUGACCAUGAGCUUCACCCAGCCCGCCCCCCCUGCCUCUGCCUCGUCCUCCUCCUCCUCCCCCCUGGCAGCGAUGGGCGCCACACUGCCCCACGCUCCUAUCCUGGGCGCCCCCUACGCCCUCCCCCUCUCCAGCCUCCUGGGAGUGAAAUCCAUCCCCUACCUGGCACUCUCCACCCCUCCUGCCUCAGCAGCAGCGGCGGCGGCGGCGGCAGCGGCCAUCGGGGCCCCUGUCUUACCAGGCUCGGUGCCCGUGACAGCGGCGUCCGUCCCCGUUCAGGCUCACGCGGCGGCGGCUCUGGCGUCCUACACGGCCAAGAUCUCGUCCUCUGCCAACGGGAUGAAGAAGCCGGAGAGACAGAAGUUUGCUCCGUACUGAUGACGGAGGAGGAAACGUCACUGAGGUAGCUCCUGGGCUGGUUUUCACACGGGAAGGGCAGCUUUUAUUUUCCUAAUCUCACUCUCUUUCCUCGUUACUCUUGCACUCUUUCUCACUUUGUACUUUCUCUGCCUCUUUUUCUUUCUCUUGAACUGUCAGAGUGGGAUCAUUGGAACACGUUUGAUUUCAACAUAAUCCAUAGAAGCCAUGCACAGAAACUAACCGGGUUUUUCCACAGUCAGUCAGAUCCUAUCGCCUGGUUCUGUUUGUACUAUUCCUCUCUGCAGUAUUUAAUUCUGAUCUGCUGACUUUAUAGCUCAAAACACGUCCAUAUCUGCUUGAUUAGACCUGCAUUUCCUGUAACUUCUUCACAAUAAAAGCCUCACACUGGUUUGCAGAUGGAAAGCUUGUCAGAGCCUGGACCUGGGUAUAUCAGCCAAUAAACGACAAACACUGAAGUGCAGAAAUACCAAAGAUACGUUUUGAUCUGAACGUACGAGCAGGAACGCUGGAGUGAAACUUCAAACCAUAGAGAUUCAGAUAGAAGAAACACCUCAGACUGUUAUUAUGGUGCGUUCCAUUUACAUCAGAAGUCGGAUUUGGGGGUGUUGUCACCUCCAAGUUGACGGCAUUCCAGUUGAGAAGUCGGAAAAACACGGACACUCGAAGGAAAGCAAAAUAAAGCUGCUCCACCUGAGGAACACCUCAGUUGUUAAUGUUAAAUUUUAAUCCAAACACUUUAGAAUGUUCUUAAAAA